GCUUUUGAAAAUGAAAUGGAUAAUUUUUUCGCAUUAUUUACCCGAUACUUGAGCGAAAAAAGUAAAGGAACAAAAUUGGAUUGGGACAAAGUCAAUUCACCAAGUCCCGAACAAAUUAUCCCCUAUGCAGAUUUACCCGGUGAUUGUUAUG